AUGGAUCGGCUCGCCAAGCGACGACGAGGAGCUGCACACGGUGGCGGCAAUGUUGGCACUAGUACUAGUAGCUCCAGCAGUGCAAGUACUGACUUCCCCGGCGUUGGGGGGCUUCCAAUGGCCGGCCAACAGCAUCCGCUUUUUUUUCGAGGUUUUCCUUCGACGACGGUUCCGCCUUGGACACCAAUGCACAACGUGAUGGGGGGUGCUGCAGGACUACACACGAGCACAAACUUUGCCGCGGAUGAUCAAAAUACCACCCUGCUAAGGGGAGCGGGGAUGACGCAGUUCGGCGGGGCGUCUUCAUCGAGUGCGACAUUCUUCCCAGGAAGUGCUGGGUUUGCGAUGCCGCAGCAACCACCUGCUGCAGGUCCCGUGAUGUCGAGCGUCAACACGAAUACUGCUGCUUUUCCUAUCGGAUCUCAUGAUCCACGACACACAUUUACAUUUCGCCAGCAGAGUAGUGGUAGUCGGGGACAUCUUUCGCACCUUCAGCAACAACACACUAUUCCUGGUAGUCACAACGUGUUCGAAGGAGUCCUUUCGCAUCCUUCGCAACAAGUGGCGCAGGGAACGAACCAGGACAAGCUUCCUACUUCUGUUGCAAGUGGAGGAGGAGGAAACUCCUCGGGAACAUAUUCGAGUAGCAACCUUCUGAGAGGACGACCCGUUGCGCCAAUAGUUGUCUCGAAAAAGUAUAAGAACGCCCCAGCAGGACCGCUAAUGCGCAUGAUGAGGUCGGAGAGGUCACACAACAAUCUUGCGCGUAAAAGUUCGUCACUCAGCACUGGUGUAAAAAAAGCACGAAGUGCAACAUCAACAAGUAAGGUUUCAACAGUAAGAAAAACAAAACUAUCGGCUGUUUUGCCAAGGAGGCGCCGCCGUCGCGGCCGGAUGAGAACGGCAUCUGCUAGUCGGUCAGACUGUUCAGCACUAGCAAGUAGUUCCCACACCUCUACUACCUCGCGGUCGUCAAAGCUGCAAAGGGGGCGAGCUUCAGACCAACAUCACCUGAGCAAUUCUGAUUGGAAGGCAAUGGGCUCCUCACAGCGUACAGCUAAAAGUAGAAGAAGCGCAAACCUUCUCGGUUCUCCACAAGCGCUACGGUCAUGGAAAGGCAACCCUGUUUAUCCCGGAUCCCAGCUACCACCGUAUCUAGGGAAGUUUUAUCAAGCAGAUGUAUCUGGCAAGCAAUGUCUUCGAAGGACGCCGUUUGCCCGUGACGCUGUCUUAUACUACAACUUGCGCACUCCAGAGCACUUUUGGCGGCUUCAAGAUCACCGUGUCCUGCCAGAAAUUUGGUGGAAGUGGCUACGGUAAUGCUUAUUCUGGCUACUCGAGGGAUUUCACAUGUUUGAAAUGUUCUUCUUCCAAUUUCUUGUUCUUCAACAUGAUGAUGAUGUUGACCACAACACGACUGUGAGGCAAGUUGGACUCCAGGGUAUCUAUUUAGUAGUUGAUGGUAACAACAACAAUGAUAAAUUUCGUGAAUGUUGUAUAUGUAUUCAGUUCUUUCUUCCACCUUCCACAGGGGCGCAUGCCGGAAAUCGCACCGCCCAGAAGUAUUACCCUGUCCGCCUUCGCUUGUUCCCCCAAUUGCUGUACGCCGCCGCUCGCCGAAUGCCGUUGCCGCGAACGAAGUUCAUGAGGUGGUCAAAAUUCUUACGACGAUCUGGUCCCGAAGUGGAAACUACAAAUCGAGCCCUGGCAAGUAUGUAUAGUUCCUAGCUGUAUUUGUAUUUUUUGCAGGACUUUUUCUUUGUGCGAAGAUCAUUUUCGAUUUUCAACGACAAUCAUUUUUCGUAGCUAUUGGAAUUUACAAUUUCCUUGUGUCCAAGACAAAGUAAAACUACGUGAGACUGCUAUGCUGUUUUUUGACUCACAGAAGCAUUCAUCAUGAUGCCCAACUCCACUGACAGAAGACUGUUGGUUUUCAAAGUUUAAGUUUCUCCUCCCCGCAGCGAAGUUGAUAAUUAUGAAUCAUCGUUUGUAGUUCUACAACAGGUUCUUUCAAGCAGCUUUCGGACCUUUGUGGGAAAGCAUCUGGCAUGA